AUGUGGCACCUCGCCUUCAUCCCACUGCUGGUGAUGGCGUUGGGGGCCAGCCUCGGGGCUGCCUUCCCCCACGAUGCCCUGAAGAACAGCUGUGGUCUGUCCAAGUACCAGUUCCUCGAGCCCCAUGAGCUGAAGGCUGUGCGGAAGAUGACAGAGCAGUUUGAAGACAUCAUGGGGCUUUCGGACCGCAAAUGCAACGUCAGGCUCUUCCAUCGGAAAUGGAAGCCAGUAGAGCUGUCGGUGCCCGACCGCGUGAUGCUGGUAGAAGCCGAGCUGGACCUCGCCACCGCCAUGCUGCACCUCCCUGCUGACCCCACGUUUGCCGAGACACGCCAGCGGCCCCUGGCCUUCCUCACCCAAGCUCGGGAGGACCUACGAGGCUGUGUGGCCACAGAGGCUCCUUCACAUCAGCCCUCCAGGAAACUGAGGCACUGGCUGCAGAAGCUGCAGAUGGCCAAGGAAACAGAGACUGCCAGCUGCCUGGAGACCACCGCCAUCCUCCACCUCUUCCAAGUGCUGGAAGACCUGCGGUGUGCGGCCCGCCAGGAGAAAUGCACUUAGCCCCCACCGGCACGGCACUGCGUGGUGCUCACCAGCUCCAAAGGAUGCCCUAAGGACUAGAAAAAAUUAAUUUUAUUGUGUCACUGGAUUGUAUUUCCUAUUUAAGCAUUUUUCUUAUUUAUGUGAGCUCAGGGAGCAAUUUUUUUU